AUGAUGGCAGCUGCGGUGGCGGUGGGGGUGCAUGUUCGGAGGCGGCCACAAGCGGGACUGACCCGAUACAAUGAUAGCCAACAACUUCUCCCAAACCUUUUACCUCGCAAGACGACCAGGACUGCCGUGGGCCCCUCUUCGAUCAAGAGCGUGCGAUCGGAGGCUGGUGACGAUCCGAGUCAAGACGAGAGGAGGGCAGUGCCCAAGUCAGCGACGGUGGUACUUGCAACGAGUGGGAGGGGUGAACUCACGGUGGCUGAUGGUACACUACUGCCGACUUCCACCACCUACCGCCUCGGUGCUGCGUCGAUGCGCUAG